AAUUAAACUUUAAAGAUAUUAAUUAUUAUCUAAUAUCAUUAUUAGUGAAUAAUAAGUUGUGAGAAUAGUAACGAGUAUAUAACACCAUAUUAUAUUUAAGUAAUUUGGUACGAUCAACGAGAUAGCUAAGAAUAAAAACAAGUAAACAAAAUUAAAUAAGUACCUACCAUAGCUCUGCCUGAGUAAAUCUUUGUUUAAAAAAUUAAUAAUUAGCUUCUUAAGCUUAUUUAAAUAAUGUCAUCUAGUCGUUCCAAAUCAUCAAUAUUAGACAAACCUCUUAGUAAAGGGAAGGGUGAGGUCUCCCUUGCAAUUUACGCUCUUCUUUUCUCUGAAAUUGUCCAAUAUUGUCAAAACCGUUCGCAUUCAAUACAAGAACUUCAGAAUAAAUUGUCUGAAAUUGGACAAGAUGUAGGCACAAGACUUUUGGAUUUAUAUUUUGUCAGAGAAAGAAGUAGUAAACGGGAAAUUAAGUUGUUAAACAUGUUGCUGUUUGUAAAAUCAACUCUUUGGAAGGUGCUCUUUGGAAAAGAAGCUGAUAAACUAGAACAUGCCAAUGAUGAUGAAAGGACAUAUUAUAUUAUAGAAAAAGAUGCCCUGGUGAACAAAUUUAUAAGUGUACCAAAAGAUAAAGGGACACUCAACUGUGCUUCUUUUAAUGCUGGAAUCAUUGAGGCUGUUCUAACUAGAAGUGGCUUUGCAGCAAAAGUAACAGCUCACUGGCACAAAGGCACAACAUACAUGGUGAAGUUUGAUGAUAUUGUAAUUGCAAGAGAUAAAUCACUUGAUGACCGAUAAAUAAUUGUAGUGA